AUGGUGGUGUUCUGUUUCCUGGUGGAUCAGAGGAGGAAGGUGAAGAGCAGCAAGCCGGCGGCGGGGACAUGCUCGAGGUGCGGCGGAGGAGCCAGCAUCGCCGACAUGAAGACCAGCACCAGGUUCUGCUACGUGCCCUUCUACUGGAAGACAUGGCGGGCCAUCAUCUGCACUUUCUGCGGCGCCCUCCUCCGCUCUUACCGAUAG